GAACGCCACCGCCUCCUUCCUUCUCCUCCUUCCCGCGGCGCCGACCAGGCCCUCGCCCUCGCCCCCGCCCCCGCCCCCGGCCUUCUCUCCGAUUUCGGCUCUCCUCGCUCCGCCGUCUGGUACCCGUCCGUCCUCUCGCAUUGCUUUGCCCGAUCUGAAAUCCACCCCCAGUUCUGACGAUCAUCAAUGCACACGCCGUGGGACUUACGGGUUACACACGGUGUUUGUAGCAAAGGGAAAUAUGGGAACAAAGCCACCCCCUACCGAUGCGGAAAAGACAGGAGAAAUAGACACGAGGGCGCCUUUCGAAUCUGUCAAAGCUGCAGUAAGCUUGUUCGGCGAGGUCCGGUUUUCGUCCGACAGGUCUUCUGCCAGAAAGGCGCAGGCUCCUCAAGCAGAGAGGGUGUUGGCUAAGGAAACAGAACUGCACUUGGCUCAGAAAGAGUUGGAUAAAUACAAGGAACAGCUGAGUAACGUUGAGACAACCAGAUUGCAAGCCCACUCUGAGCUGGAGAGGGCUAAAAAGAGCGUCGAGGAUCUAACAAAUAAGCUUGAUGCACUUAACAAGUCCAAAGAACGGGAUAUUCAGGCGACAGAAUUGGCAAUUAUUCGAACGAAGGAGCUUGAAGCUGGCAGCUCUGGUGAGGGUUCUGGAAAGGAUGGUCCUGGUACUUUAAAGCUGGAGCUAGACAAUGUGAGGGAACAGUAUACUGUUGCUCUGGCAGAUCUUGAUGCCGCAAAGCAGGAGCUUAGGAAACUAAGGAAGGAAUUUGAAACCUCACUGGACGCUAAGUUACUCGCUGCCCAGCAGGAAGCAGAAGCCAUGCAGUCUUCUGAAGCAAACAAGGAAAAGGCAUCUCAGCUCCGUACCGAGAUUGCACUGGUUCAAGAGUCACUUAUGCAUGCUAAGGCAGCUUUGGAGAAAGCACGUGAAGAAGAGGCACACAUCCUUGCUGAGAAAGAUGUUGCCAGGAAAACUUGUAAAGAAGAUCUUGACGAAGCUCAGAGGAAAUUGUCCGCCUUGAGAAAUGAUUUUGAUCCUGUAGCUUACAAGAGCCUCCAAGAGAAACUAGAUGAGACUUAUUCGGAGAUUGCAUCUUUGCGGAAGAAAAUGGAAGAUGCCAAAGCUCAAGAUUUGGAGUCUAUUUCUGCUGCCAGCACAGAGCUGGAGGAUGCUAAAGAAACGCUGCACAAAGUUGAGCAAGAGGAAACUUCUCUUAGUAGUUUAGUUGAAUCGUUGAGGCUAGAGUUACAGGCUGUAAAGGAGGAACACAAUCAGCUGAAACAUAAGGACGCAGAGAUUGAAUCUAUUGUAGGAGACCUUCAUGGUAAGCUUCAGAAGUGCAAAUCUGAUCUUGAGACUGCAAUAGCUUCAGAAUCAGAUGCAGCAUUAGGUUCUGAUGAACUGAGGUUGGCCCUCGAGCAGUUGUCUUCCGAGUCGAAAGACGCUCUUGAGGAAGCUGAAGUGAUGCAGAAGCGUGCAGCUGAGUUGAGAGAUGAAGCUGAAGCAGCACGUGCUGCAUUAGCGGAAGCGGAGCAGAAGCUGCAGGCCUCUUUGAAGGACGCGGAAGUAGCAAAAGCAGCUGAAUCAAGGGCUCUCGAUCGGAUCAAGCAACUAUCUGACAGAGCAGUCGCUGCCCGCGCCUCGAUCUCUGAACCAGGUGCAAAUAUCAGAAUCUCCAAGCAAGAGUUUGAGUCUCUAAGUCGAAAGGUGGAGCAGACCGAGAAGCUGGCUGAGAUGAAAGUCGCUGCAGCUCUGGCCCAGGUGAAUGCUGUCAGAGCCAGCGAGAGUGAGGCGAUCAAGAAGCUGGAAGCUGCUCAGAAGGAAAUGGAGGACAUCGAACUGGCAACGGAGGAGGCACUAAAGAAGGCAGAGAUGGCGGAAGCAGCAAACAAGGCGGUCGAAAGCGAGCUCAAGCGGUGGCAGGAGAAGGAAGAACAAACCAAUAAUGCCGAGGCAUGCCGACUUCCCGCGAGAGCCGCAUUGCCAGCAGAGAAUCCAUCUCAGUCCACGCACAAGGCCCCUGCCGCAAAAGCCAAUGAAAAGACCGGCGGGCAUCAGAGGAACACCAAAGCUCUGCUCAAGAAGAGCUUCAUGCUUCCUAGCAUCACUGGAAUGUUCCAUCAUAGGAAGAAGAACAGUACAGAUUGCAGUUCUCCCUCAUAACUUGUCCUUGGGCGCUAGAGGAACUCUGUAUAAUCUGUCCCUUGUCCCACCAUUGUAGAGUAUAUUUGAAGUUGCUUAUACUUUGUAAUGUACUAACAUUCCUAACUUUGGCCAUGUAACCUUGUUGAUGUUGUAUAUGUAUAUGUAUUGUGUGAC